GCGAUUAUGGAGGUCCAAACAUUACAUGUUUAUGUUUAUGUUUAUAUCAACAUUAUGCCGUUAUUUCCAUGAUUACUUUCUCUUCCGUCAAUUUUGUCUUUCAGAUUUUAGUCAGUUUGAAAGCAUCCAAAGCAGCUGAGAGCAUCAACAACACUGAGAGCACUCAACAGAUACUUCAUGACGAGAUUUUUGCUGGGAAGCAUUGGGAAAUGCUGGGAAGUGCUGGGAAAUUUUUACUCGAAAAUCCAGGUUUUGCAGAUGCAGAGAGCCUUGGACACCGAAUGUGACAGUUACAGAGGAAACACUGAACAGGAUAAGGAAUUUAAACAUACCGAGAUCUUGUUAUCCAUAUAGCCACCUUCCUGACAUGCUGUCGCAUCGACUGGGUCGAUUCCAAAACGACACACAGCUGAAACAGAGAAUGAAAGCAUUGUUUGGCUCAAAAACCCACAAGAUCUUCGUGAAUACAUCUGGGGCCGGAAAAACCAGACUCGUCAUAGAACAUCUUUGCACCAAUUGGGGCUUAUAUCUCACCUGCCAUGAUGAUUCCCGUGUUGGCUCGAAAGAUAUGUCCGCUGUUAUCUCGAGCAUCAAGAACAGCCCUUCAUUUAGGAAGAACCUUCCUCCUUCCCCCAGUCUUGAAGCUGUUGGCAAAGAUAGCGGUCAAUGGAUGUAUGAGUUACAAGAGAAGUUGGAGCAUUUCUCGUCUACCCCUGAAGGAAACGAGUUUUCGCACGCCCUCGAAACUAACAACCAGCUUGUCUCAUGCGAGGUGCUCAGUAUGUUACUGGCUCGUUUUUACAUUUUGCGACAAUUCCUGGUGACUUUGAUCGAAAUGGGGGAAGAUAUCACACAACCAUUGCACAUACAAAAUUGGUUGCAAAUUCAACUUCAUCCCAAUCUUUUGUUGCAACCGGAUGAAUCGGGAGACAUUUUUGCUCAGCUCAGAGAAAAUAUUGCGAGGAUCAUUGACUUUUCUCUGCCCAUAAACGAGAUUGUCUUGAAGAGUUUGUUAGCAGAUGUCCUGGUCGAGGUCCGGUCGAUACUUCCCUCCGAUCUUGUAAUUGCGCUCGACGAGUGUCAGUUUGCUGCACGCGAUUUGAGGAAUGCUUUUCGCUCGGAUAACUGGACUUCAAAACGACCACUCCUACGCCAGAUAGCGAAAUGCUUAAAUGAUAUAUUCAAUGGCGCGUUGAAGUUUAAAGUUCCUCGAGCUAGCUUUAUCUUCACAGGGACAGGUUUAUCCAAAAAUGACAUAACCGAUGCGUUGUCAUCUGUUGUUGCAAAAACAGAAUUGUGUAAAGAGGUGAAUGAUACUGGGGCAUUCAACGACAUUCACAGUCAGCAAAAAUACAUCGAAGAAUAUUUUCCUCCACAUAUAUGGCAAAGCGACAGGUUUCCACGACUUUUGCAACGGAUCUUUCGCUGGCUUCGAGGAAGGCACAGGUUCACUGCAGAAUAUAUAUCUGCUGUAUUGCAGAACGGGUAUAAUCAUCUUGACAAGCUUCUCAACGCGUACAUCUUUAGUCUGACUGGUUUCGAGCCCACGGAUUACAAUGGGGACGAAAUAAUUCCAGAAUUGAUUGAUUUCCCACAUCGGGCAUUCAUCUUCGAAGCGGUCAACGUCAAGAUGAAGGAAAAGAUCAAAUCAUUGUGUUACGACUACCUGUUGAGAUCAAGACUAGACGGUUGGCUAGGCAGUGACGAGAACGAGUACAUCGCUCACGGCUUUGCAAGGGUCAACAUUUCUGAAGGACGAAAACUCAUCAGAAUCGAUGAACCUCUUGUCAUGAUGGCCUGUGCGAUGUGGUUCAAUGGAGGUCCUGAGUCGGAUGCACACUCGCUGUACAAAUAUGUAGCCAAUCGCAUUCAGGAUCACAAUCCCUCAACCGGUCGAAAUGGAUUUGAAGAAUUCAUUUGCUUCUAUCUUCAGCAGGUCUUUCAAAAACCUCGAAGACUGGGCCAAGUUUUUGAUUUGCCGGAUAAAGAGAAUCCGCAGGUGGAGAGUGCACUCGCCCAAAAGCAAGCAACUUUGGUGACUCUUCACAUAGAUGAAGUUGGAUCCAAGCGUAAGCUCAUGGAAGGGACAACUGAUAUUCGAAACAUAGGUGAAGCAAAACUUCCAGGUGCACUCGGCCUAGGAAUUAAGUCCAUGAAGGAGUGUAUUCCUUUGAUUGACUGGGUGAAGUUGAAGGGACAUACAGCAUUUUGUUUUCCAAUGAAUGAAAUGGGGCCUGACAUUAUGUGCUUCCUCAAACUGGAGGACGACCAGGGAAAACCGGAAGACUUCACUUACAUAUGUCUCGCUAUCCAAUGCAAAUUUCAUCAAGUGGAUGGGGAACUUGAACCUUCCACGCUCAAGGAUGCAAUUGCUACGGUUACUCCUAGGAAGUUUUUUGCACCACGACACGUCAAAGACACUGACGAAGCAGCAGAGCGUGAAGAAAAAAGGAAGGAAACACGUAAAGGUUUCUUAUGCGCCCUCGAAGAAUUUCCACGCAGGGACCCGUUGGCUGGCAAGUACGGCGUGAUGCGUAUUAUUUGUGGCUUUCCUGUGAGGGUCAAUCUUGGCACUGUAUUCUACCAGCACAAGGGACAGGGAAAGGCACCAAGAUACAUACUGGACCCAGAUGAAGAAGAUGGACAUCCUUUAGGGAAGCUGAACGAAGAAUUCUUAACCGCAGAGACCGCGCAUAUCCAUCCUACCGAUCUCCUUGGAGUGAUCAAAGCGCGUGCGCAAAAAGCAAAAAAGAAUGGGAAAAGCUUCUGGAGUACAUUUGACCCAGCUGUUUUGUGGUCAGAUUCUGAAGAAGAAGAGGAAGAAUCACAGAACAGACUGCGGAGGAUAUCCGGAGGGGUCCGGAAAAAGUCCUUCGACAAGUUCGAGUUGGACGAUCAUUCGCGCAUGAUCAUUGACAUGUUAGACUCAGACUAUGCACAAUGUCGAGGGUUGGACCUGCCGCCUAGAGCGCAAAAGCGUAAGCGCGAUUUUUCAGAGAGGUAUCUGGAUUACUAUGAAGGUGAUAAUGAGGACUAGUAUUACUAGUUAGUACUCGUCCCCUUUAUGUAAUUCAUAGGCGCCCGUUUAUCGACGAAGUCGCUCUCUGAAUAUUGUUCCUAUCGUUUUCGAGGUACAUAUGUACAUAAUAUUUUGACAACGAUUCCAGACCUUUCCGGACAGAGUGUGCAUCGGCGCAUGAAGAUCCUGUGAAAACUAUUCGAAGACGGACGACAGUUUUAACCGGCGUGGGAGACUGCGCAGUAC